GCUGUCAGCUCUGCCUCGACCACGUAGCAGCUUCCUGGCAGCGGCAGCGGCUUGUGUCUAGUCUGCUUCUCUCUGACACGCGUACACACGUACACGCGCUCAGUAUCAGUAGCCUAUGUAGAAGCACGCAGCACCAGCCUUGGAUUGUAACUAUCAUCAGCACCAGCGGCACCAGCAACAGCCGGAGCGGUAAUGGAUCUCUUUGAAUUCGACUUUUUCCGAGACUGGGAGCUCGAACAACCCUGUCAUCUGGAGACAGAGCGCAGCGCCCUGAAGAGGAGAGAGUGGGAGCGCAGGAACCAGGAAGUGCAGCAGGAUGAAGACCUCUUCUCAACCGGAUUCAACUUGUUUGGGGAACCUUACAAAACCAAUAAGGGUGAUGCGCUGGCCAGUCGUGUCCAGAACACAUUGGGAUCCUAUGAAGAAAUGAAAGACCUUUUGACUAGUCAUUCCAACCAGAGCCACUUAGUGGGAAUCCCUAAAGGAAACAGUGCCAACAACAACCUGCAAACCCCGACCACUUCAGCUACACCUGCUAUAGAUUCCCAGCUUUUCAAUGAAACCCUGAAGUCAGGAACAAGUGGGGGUGGAGGAUUAGAGGACAAAAGGGUCACCAAUGUAUCAUCUUCUUCUACGACCUCUGUACAGCCUCCUGCUUCAACCACCUCAUCAUCAAAUACCACAACAGGCCCACAUCAGAAUUUGAAAAAGUCUCGAGGCUCCAUGGAUUGGUCGAGGGGAAGCCAUGGACAGAGUGCACAAGGAGCAGGUCUUGUUCUCGGGUUAGGACAGAAUGGGCAGGGGCAGGUCACAGGGGGGACUACAAGUGGCAGAGGCAAAAUGUCUUUAAUAGAAGAGCAGCAAAUUCAAAGACACAAAGAGCUUUUCAGCUCACUGAAAGAUGAACUCGGUUUAAAAGGAGAUUCCAGCCCCUCUUCCUCUUCUUCAUCCUCAUCAUCCUCCUCUUCUUCUAGAAGGCACUCCCCCCACCCCUCCAAAACCCUUCCUCUCCCAGAUGGUGGCAGUUUUCGAUCCUCCACCAUGGAUGGUAGUCAUUUUAAGUCUUCCACUAACACAGAAAAUGGUGGCCAUUUUAAAUCCUCCCCUUUUGAAAAUGAAACUGGUUCUCACCUCUCAACGUCCUCAUCUCCACUGGCUUCCACAUCAGUUCUGACUACACCUGCUCCUGGUCUGACCACUCCUACAUCUGGAUUGACGACCCCCACCUUCCCACCUGGUAGCCUGUCAGGGAAGCCAGUUGCUGUUCAGCAGAAGCCCACAGCAUAUGUUCGACCAAUGGAUGGCCAGGAUCAGGCACCUAGUGACUCUCCCCAACUUAAACCACCCCUAGUGGCCGCAGAGGGGUUCAACAACAACCAAGCUUACAAUGGAAACUCUGGAAAUGUGAAGAAUAAACUGCCAAAACUGAGCCUCAGCCACACAGGAGAGGUCAGCCUGCCAAAUGACUCCAGCUGUGUUGAAGAGAUUCUGCGGGAGAUGACACAUUCCUGGCCCCCUCCUCUCACAGCUAUACACACUCCUGGGAAGGCAGAUCAGACCAAGUUUCCCAUCCCAAACAAGGAGUCACAGCAUGUGACCUCGGGCUACAACACCCAGAAGCGAUGUGCUGUAUCAGCUAACAAGCCUGCUGCUAAACCACCAACUGCACCACAGAAGUCAAUGUUGGAGGAUGAUCUGAAGAUCAGCAGUGAUGAGGAGGAGGCUGAGCAACAGGUGUCUGAAAAGCCCAAAACCAGAAGCACAGCUCUAAGCGGUGCAUCCGGCAGCAGCAGUGAAUCAGAGAGCAGCUCGGAGUCGGACACCGACGAGUCAGAGAGCAGCUCCAGCGACAGCGAGUAUAACCAGGCCUCCCGCACAAACACUCCAGAGCCUGAGCCGCCCUCCACCAACAAGUGGCAGCUGGACAGCUGGUUGAACAAGGUCCAAGCUCAAACGAAACCCCUGGUUCCCCCACAGCAAGAGCAUCAUGGAACAGGGUCCAUCACCCAGGGUCCAGAGACGUUCUCUCCAGGAAGUGAAGGACCAGCAGCGGGGGCGACUGCCAAGACCAAGCCGUGUGGAUCCAACAGCAGCUCUGUUCCAGCCGCCCCGGCAGUGGAACACAAGGACGCGAGGGGAACCUUCUGCCCGGGCAGAGAAAAGGCCAAAGCCAAACUCAGUCAGAAAGCCUCAGGGGAGGGCCAGAAGUCAAAAACGAGGCUGUCACCGGGCCUGUUGUCAGGGCCAGAGGUCACGGCACCGCGGAGGAACACCACGGGGAAGAAACAGCCCAGACGGACAGAGAGGUCAAACAGCAUAGAGGAUAAUCAGAACCAGACAUGGAGCAGAGCAAACCAGCAUAGCCCUGCAGCGAGGGAGAAGGACCUGUUGCCUCCGCCUUCCCUGGAGCAUCAGAACCCCCUGAGGCCACGAGGCAAAUCCCACAGUGGGAAAACAGCCCCCAGGAAGGAACCUCGCAGUGCAACCAAUACAAACAGCAACACUGUUACUCUACCAGCAGCGCUACAGCAAACCCAGAUACCAAUGCCUGCUGUCAAUGUAAACCAGCAGGAUAAGAGGAAACACAGAGGCCCCAGCACAAGAAUCACACCAAAAUCCCGCGAGUUCAUCGAAACAGAUUCCUCCUCCUCCUCAGAAUGCCAGUCAGAUUCAGAAGAAGCCAUCAAAAUCCCCACUCUGCCACCUCAGAUGACACGCGCAGCAAUUAACACACAGUCUCUGUCCAACACGCACAUGCACGCGCCCCUCCUCCCCUGCCUCGGCUCUGCUGGCAGUGUGGGGAGUCUGGGAACAUUCGGAGGCAAAGGGCUUAGAGUCAAAGAUGGCACUAAUGUGACCACUAAUGGCAGCAGCACUAGUAAUAGUAGCACCAACAGCAGUAGUAAUGGCAGCGGUAGUAGCUGUAACUCCCUAAGCAUUACCGAAGUAAGUGGCUCAUUUGGUACAUCUGUUCCUGAUCCUGGAGGGUUAGGAGGACAGUGUAAGGACCUGGAGUCCAUGUCACCACAUUCCAACAUGGACCAUGAGGUGCUUCUCUCUCCCCUGAGGGAGUACCACGAAAUCCAGAGUUUAUGGGUGAAAAUAGACCUGGGCCUGCUCACGCGCGUCCCGGGACAGGGUUUGUUGGAAAGGUCCAGGGUGGGGUUAACCGAGAGAGACGGGAGUGAAGGGAGAGACAGAGAGAGGCAGGGGGAGAGGACAGGUGUGUCAGAGAGAGAAAAACUGACCCAGGAAGACAAAGAGUGGCCAGGGCUGAGAGAGCGACCAAAGCUCGCUAAAGGCGAGAGGCAGGAAGAGGAGAAUGAGCGAUUAGUGCAGGACAAAGAGCGGCAAGGUGACAGAGACAGAGUAGCAGAGAGGGAGAGGGAGAGGCAGGACGAACGAGAGCGCUUCGGCCGUGCCGACAGGGAGCGAUCGCUGGCCAGGGAACGGGAGAAGGUAUGCCAAGGUCUGGUGGUCCUGGACAACCCGCCUGCGCAGGAGCAGAGCAACCCCAGGCUGCCCGGCAGGGGGGAGAGGGGGGAGACGGGAGGCAAACACAAGAGGCAGGCUGCUGGAACUAUGUUAGUCCCAACAGAGAAACACACGGGAAAGACCAAGAGGAAACACAAGCUGGAUCACAAUGAGUCCUCAGCAAAUGGCAAUAAGAAGCUGCGACUGGACAAAGACUGUCAACUGCUUCCACCCUGCAUCUCCCCAAUACACAACCACAAGAACGGCUCAGACAGCUCACUGAACAGGAAGCAGUCUCGGAGACGUGACGAGAAGCUGCUUCCCCCCCUCCUGUCCCCCCUCUCUGAUGACUCCCCUCGCAAACGAACCUGUGACGGCGGUUCCUCCCUCAGCCUGGAGGGCAGCACCGCUGGGAUUCAGCCCUGCCCCGCCUCCUUUACGGGCACCUCCUCCUCCUCCUCACACAGACACAGGAAAGGCGACGGCAAAGCACUGUCGCACACCAGGAACGGCAGUGAAAUAGAUCCACACGUUGAGAAACCCUGCGUCGACGGUUACCAUGCCAACGGACAGUCAGACUCAGAGGUGUGGUCGGAACCAGCGAUGGAACCUGCAGAACCUCGCAGGUCGAGACUGUCAUUCAGUGACACAGUGCACAGUGCAGACUACUACAUGCAGGAGGCCAAGAGACUGAAGCACAAGGCUGACGCUUUGAUGGACAAAUUUGGCAAAGCUGUGAACUACGCAGACGGUGCCCUCUCCUUCAUAGAGUGUGGAAACGCUAUGGAAAGAGAUCCACUGGAGGCUAAAUCACCGUAUACCAUGUACUCUGAAACUGUGGAGCUGAUCAGGUAUGCCAUGAGGUUGAAGAACUUCACCAGCCACUCAGCCACCGUCGCCGAGAGAAAGCUCGCUGUGCUGUGUAACCGCUGUCUGUCUCUGCUGUAUCUGAGGAUGUUCCAUCUGAAGAAAGACCACGCUGUCAAGUACUCGCGGUCGCUCAUGGAGUACUUCAAGAAUUCAGCCAAGAGUUCCCACCAAGCACCUUCUCCCUGGAGGACCAAUGGGAAAGUCAAUGGGACUCCGUCUCCUCUCUCACUUAGUCCUUCCCCAGCCAGCAGUGGAGGAGGGGGCGCCGGAGGAGGGUCUGGGGGCGCACCGGGGUCGUCGGGCAGUGUAGCUAUUCCGCAGAGGAUUCACCACAUGGCCGCCAGUCAUGUGAACAUCACCAACAACAUCCUGAGGAGCUACGAACACUGGGAGACGGCUGACAGACUGGCCACUGACAGCCAGGAGUUCUUCCAGGAGCUGGACUCAGUGAUGGAGCCGCUGAGUCAGCAGAGCAGCAUGACUGAUCUGGUCCGAUACAUCAGGCAGGGACUCCACUGGCUCCGCAUAGAAGCUCACCUGCUGUAAAGACUGGACCUGAGCCAAACGUUUUUAAAGACAAAUAUGCCUGGGAACUAGAACUGGGAUAGCAAGUAAGAUACAGGGCGAUGCUUCACCCCCCACUGGGAACCUCCAAAUCCACUAUCAUAUAAUGGUUCAGACUGGGUGGAUUAAUUGGGUUGUUCACCUACAUUUAGAACUGAACAGAGGACUUUGGCACUAAAUCAUAGAAUACAAAUUAGCAUAUGAAAAAUAUGGUUGUUAUUUGAAUAGAUAGACGAUUAAAAUGUGUGUUACAGUUGAAAUCAUGAAUCUGGGGACUAAUACAGUGCAACCUGGAUCAGUGCUUGAGUCAGAGACAUGAAGAGUGUUACAAUACAUGACCAGGUUGGAGUCCAGAGCGUCAACAGCUCAGCAGAACCAGCAGCCACUUCACUGGUGCCACAAAUCAGAGCCAUUCAACAAAGCAUCAGUCUGGUUCUUCUCUUACUGGUUAAGGGCUUCUGUGAAAUUCCACUCAGUUCUAGUUCCCAUAGUAACCCACCCACUACGGUGUCAAACACUUACGAGGGGGAGAAAACUACAAGAUCCAGUAUGAUUUGACUCUAAUUAAGCCCCCACCCACGUGCAGAUCAAGUAAACAGGGUGAAAAUCACAUCGGCUUUUCUGUCCAGAUGUCAAACAGUCUGCGACUUUGUACAGCUCCUAAUGAGAUCAAACCAUCCACCGGGGCUCUUGUAGUCAUUUCCCAACAUUUGUGGUGUCGUGUUGUUAGUGUGUGUACGUGUACAGCUGAUUGUCACGUCUAUUUCAACCAUCAGCCAACUGGACGAUACGAUGUUCGUGUACCAUAAUGUACAGACUGUGACUCCUAAAAGCAGUGUUGUUUUUUUAGUGUCUUAGCAAAUGGUUUGAUGUGAAUGAACGAUAGUGUGAAACAGGAACAGAAGGUUUGUGUGUGUGUGUGUGACUGUGUUUGUGUGUGUGUGUGUGUCAGUUUAUUAGGUACUAAUCCUGCAAUAAGCUCCUGAAACUGUUCAGAUGAGCUGGACUGUGCUGCGCUGUAAAGAAACCAUUACAUAAAGCAGCUCCACUCAUGUAAUGGGGUGGACAAAAUAAUAGGAACACCCACAGCGCAGUACGAUUCCACUGGCUUAGUGUAAUAAUCUGACAGAUGUGUGUGUGUAUAAGCUACAGCUGCAUUUACACAGCACCAAACAUCCAAACUCACCGUAGCACAUGAAGUCAACUCUCAUCUGCUUCACCGUGCUGUACUUAUGGCUGGAGCCUCAGACCCAGCUGUCACCAGAGCGGGAGGCGGGUCCACUGUGGACAGGUUCCCAGUCCAUUACAGCAGAGACGACCAUCACACCUACAGGCCAUUUAGAGUCGCUAGCUCUCCUCAUCAGCGUGUGUGGGGGUGUGGGCGGAGGCUGGAGCAGCAGCCCACACCAGCACGACCACACGCUGACCCACACACAGCGAGCGCCACCGUGCCAAGCUUUCCUUUUUUUAAUUCAUCCGUCCUUUUACGUUUAGGUUCACUCGACCAUCGCUGAAUGUGUAUGGACGACAUCGCAGAUGUGAAAGGUAGUUUUCACUUUGACAAAAAAGAAACUCAAGUGCCUCUAUUUGUGUCCAGUGGGAAUUGCUCUAUUUAUUUAACAACAAAGAAUGAAUCUAAAUGAUUUUCCAUACCAUAUUGGUAUAAAUAUGAGAUUGUUUUUUCGUAAACUCAAAUGUUUCCAUGAGCUUUUGACUGGCGUUUAUGACGACACCAGGGUUUGGCUUUAAAAAAAUGUGUGAUUUAUUGUGUCAAAUUUGCAUCAGUUGCAGUUUUUUUCUUGAUGAUUCGAGCAAGUAAUGGUUUGUCUGAAAUGCCUGAAAAAUUAAAACCAUCGCAUGCAAUAAUAAAUAUUAGCUUCAGACCAAGCUACUUGUGUCCAUUUUGGAGAAAAAAAAAGAUGUAUUUAUUGUUGCCGAGUCAGUUACAGUGAGAAUGUUCUCCAUCACCUAAAAAUACAGAGCUGCUUUGAAUGCACCGCACUGAACUGACAGCCUGACGGAGGCAGGGACGUCCAGCAGCAUCACACGUCACAGGGAGUUCUAGGAAACGGUUAGCUUAGCUUAGCAUAAAGACAGCAGCGCUAAAGCGAACUCAGCUAUCGCGUCACACAUACAGUAGUUUGGGUUUAGGUGAUUAAUGAAAACCACUGGAUCCAUUGAAGUGUUCUGUUUUGACUUUAUGUGUGUGAUUCUGAUGAGCAGACACACGUUUUACUGCCACAGGAGCGUGUCCUGAAUGUGACGGCACACUGAUGCAGUCAGACAGAACAGAGCUGCACUGCAGACGUCAGCAUCAGCCUUAUGAUUUAAUCAUUUAAGGCACUGUCACUAAAAUCAAUAGCAGCCAGUCAGGUUUUAUUCAGUGUCCAGACACAAGGAAGUCAAUGUUUCCAAAAAUGUCCAGCUAUUUAACAGAUGCUGCUUUUUUAUCUAAAAGCCUGAAAUUCUUCCUUUUACUGAGCACUGGAUAGAUACAAUUUGCCUUUUACAUGUUUUGAAGAUGAGUUGAUAAAAGGACAAAUUAGCAGCAUCUCACAAUCCACUGAACAGCAAACAAACAACACCUUCCACUGAGUCUAAUUCAGUGAUGUUUUGUUUUAUGGUGAAGCAGUGAUGUUACUUUGUUCUGGUCAACAUGCAGCAACAUAUGAUAAAUAAAUGAUAUUGUAUGAUACUGUAAACCUGAUGUGGCGAUAACAUCAUCAGAAACGUCUGAAUGUCGCAGCUUCUGUAAAAUUCAUUCAUUUAUCUGAAAAAGUCAAUAUGUUGCUUGACUCCCCAGCACGGACUUUUAUUGCGCUGACAGAUUAUUUAAUAUCCCAUUAGCUCCUGUUACAUUAUCACAGUUGUCAACUUAUUUAUCAGAGACAACAGUGACAGAGACACAACGCUGCUGCUGGUGUGAUUACAAUCAGGAGAUUAACAGACUUAACAGCAGAUGGUAAGAAGCCGAUAAAACACGGAUAAUCUCACCCGUAGUGAUGAGAGUCUUUAAUAUUUGUUUGUCAGAAAAUCACAGACACCAUUUACAGUAGUUUAUAAAAGUUGCCAAUUAGCAGUAUUCAUGAGAAACACACUUUACGAACAUUAGGGUCACGCAGAGAGAGUAUUUGAGAGAAAUAGAAGUGAAUGAGGGGAGACAUUAAUAAACUACAUCAACGAAAUUUGUUAAUAAAUAUAUUUCUUAGUCACUUAAUUAUUGUAAAACAAGAGCAAUAUUUGACAUUUUGGAAGAUCCAGAACAAUUAUAUUAAUGCCAAGAGGACAGUUUACUGAAAUGAAAUAGCCUGAACUUAAUUAACGCUCCAUAAAAGCUGACAUUGUCAUAUGGACACAACACAACAUCAUCUACUGUAUGAGCUUUGGAGCGACAGUUAGUUCGAUUCGGGUCUUUAGACGCAGCAUCGCGCUGCCGCUGAUCCAGUCUGACAGAUCUGUGACGUGCAUCACUGGCUAAACACAACGUUUCAAUGGUUUCUAUACAGCAACAUGUGAGAACACGUCUGUCCAGCAAGGAUUACAUAGUAUUUUUUAAAUGUGUUACACAACUUCAGCUGUUUCUUCUGUUUCUAUCAGUGCUAUCUUUGGGCCUUUUCUAUGGUUCUUUUUAUAAUGAAGUUGUUCUAUGUGAUGAUGAGAAGUUGUGAUGCAGUUUCAUUGUUUUUAAAUAUUUAAUGUCUCUAAAAUAUGGAUUAAAAUCUGUUUGAACCAGUGA